AUGGGUCUGCUGGUAGGAUGUUGGCUAGUUGUCGAGCUAGGUGUUGUCCCAGGGACCAUGGGCCCCGGUUGCUGCUCUCAGCCCAUCUCCGGUUCCCUGGGGUCUGCUCCCCGGGCUGGGAGUGCUGAUCCCCUUCUCGGAAACUCACUGGGAAUAUAUUCUUAGCCGGGUGGAUUAUGGUCAGUAUGGGGCCUCUGGAGAUGUGGACUAUUGACCAAGAGCAUUCAACUGGCUCAGACCAUGAAGUGAUAGUUAUGGAAUGGACCCCUCUAAAGCAAGACGUCACAGCAACCCCACAAAAUGUAACAGGAUGGCAGAUCCAAGCACUUCAAGCUAACCCACAAGCUCUGGAGGAAUCCAAGUGGGACUGGCAAACAAGAGCACAAUCUAGGCCCUAUCUGGGAGAGACUUGCUCAGCAGAAGACCUAGCUGGGGAGGCUAUAUGGAUCCAGGAAGCCCUGACAACAGUACUAAAUCGACAUGCAAAGCAGCUGCGGGUGAUCCCAUAAUCAAAGCGCUGGCAGGGACCAGAGAUUAAAGAGGCCUGCAGGAACUACAGUCAUGCAAGGCAGGAAUGGAAAGGACAAGGUGUGACGGCUCAACACCUCAACG